AAGGUUAAAAUUAUUUUUUAUGUAUAUAUAGUAGACGUUGAACCUCUUAGGCUUCUUCCUAUGUUUACGUUUUUAUAUUUUGAACCCCAUCGACGGAAAUUCUGGCUCCGCCACCGGUGGGAGGGCGGGAUAACGAUUCCGGGAUAACUAAUCCUAGAUAACUUGUUCCCUAAACAAACGACCCCUUAAUGUUUAAAAUACCGUUAAAGCCAUGUAGUGAACUUUUCCCACUGGCUUCUUCACUUCUUCUCAUGCCUAAACAUGUUGUUUCUCAUUGCUAUAUCUCAACCAAUUAAAAUUCAUUCAAGACUUUUAAUUGGUUUAGCAAGAUUUUUCAGAGUAGCUAACCCCACUUGCUAUUCUAUUCUAUCUGAACACUUAAAGAACCAACGAAUUAACGAAGCUAAAGAGCUUUUCGAAAGAAUCCCAUCACCAAAUAUCUAUUUAUGCACCAAAAUGAUAGCUGGAUAUGCUGAAAAUCUAAGGUUGAAUGAGGCACUGAACCUGUUUGACAAAAUGCCUGUUAAAGAUACAGUUAUGUGGAACUUGAUGAUCAAAGGGUGUGUAGAAUGUGGUGAUAUAGAGAUGGGGUUGAAUCUUUUUGAGGAGAUGAACCAAAGAAAUGUGAUUUCUUACACGACGAUGAUAAACGGGUUUUUGAAGUUUGGGAAAGUUGAAGAGGCUAAGAGUUUGUUUUGGGAAAUGCCACAAAAGGAUGUGGCUGCUUGGAAUGCUAUGGUUUAUGGGUAUUUUGAGAAUGGGAGAGUGGAAGAGGCUGUUAAGUUGUUUGAGGUGAUGCCUUAUAGGAAUGUGAUCUCGUGGACGUCAGUUAUUAGUGGGCUUGAUCAGCAUGGGAGGAGUGAUGAGGCUCUAUUGAUUUUUAAGAAGAUGUUGGAUUUCUUCGUUGAGCCGAAUUCUAGUACUUUUGCUUCUGUUAUUACAGCUUGUGCUAAUGCAAGGGAUUUAUGUCUAGGUAGUGAAAUUCAUGCCUGUGUUGUGAAGAUUGGUUAUUUGUAUGAUACUUAUGUUACUGCUUCAUUAAUCACAUUAUAUGCUAAUUGCAUGCAUGUGGAUGAUUCUUCUAAGAUAUUCAGCGAGAGGUUGCACAAAAACGUUGUUGUGUGGACGUCUCUUUUGACAGGGUAUGGCUUGAAUUAUAAGCACGAAGAAGCAUUGAAAGUGUUUGGGGAUAUGAUUAGGAUUGGUCUACUUCCCAAUCAGUCUUCCUUUACUAGUGCCCUAAAUUCGUCUUGUGAAAUGGAGUCUAUUGAUCUUGGCAGAGAGAUUCAUGGUGUAGCAGUCAAACUCGGAUUGAACACUGAUGCCUUUGUUGGCAAUUCAUUAGUAGUAUUGUAUUCAAAAUGUGGAAAUAUAAACGAUGGACUCAUUGUAUUCAAGGAAAUUCCUGGAAAAAACAUUGUUUCGUGGAACUCAAUCAUCGUUGGAUGUGCACAACAUGGAUGUGGAAAUUGGGCACUCACAUUGUUUGCCCAGCUGGUACGUUCAAGGGUUGAUAUGGAUGAUAUUACAUUUGCUGGGUUACUUGCUGCUUGUAGCCAUUCUGGCAUGCUAGAGAAAGGAAGACGCUUAUUUCAGUAUAUCCCUCACUACUCAUCCAUUGAAGUGACACUUGAGCAUUAUAGUUGUAUGAUAGAUAUCCUUUGCAGAAGUGGGAAGUUAAUUGAGGCAGAGGAUUUGGUGAAAAGCAUGCCCAUGAGACCAAAUUUGUCAAUAUGGUUAGCUUUGCUUAGUGGUUGUAAGAAGCAUUUAAACUUAGAACUGGCCGAAAGAGCUGCAGAGAAUGUUUUUCAUCUUGACCCAAAUUGUAGUGCUGCUUAUGUUUUAUUAUCUAACAUUUAUGCCUUUUCUGGUAGAUGGAGUGAUGUUGCAAAAAUUAGAGGAAAUAUGAAAAGAAGAGGAAACAGAAAACAACCAGGAUGCAGUUGGGUUAAUCAGAAGGGAAUCCGGCAUACAUUUCUUUCUGGCGACACUUCACAUCCUCUAAGUGAUAGGAUAUAUGAAAAGCUGGAAUGGUUGACGGAAAAGUUGAAGGAGUAUGGUUAUGUCCCUGAUCAAAGGUAUGCAUUGCAUGAUGUAGAGGAUGAACAGAAGGAAGUUCUGCUGUCAUAUCAUAGUGAGAGGCUUGCUAUUUGCUUCGCAUUAAUUACAACACAUGGUAGUACUAUAACAGUUAUGAAGAACCUGCGUGUCUGUGGGGACUGCCAUUCUGCCAUCAAGCUCAUAGCAAAAAUUGUUGAACGUGAAAUCAUCGUAAGAGAUUCUAGCCGAUUUCAUCACUUCAGGGACGGCUUUUGUUCUUGUUCAGAUUAUUGGUAGCAUUAUCCUUUUGAUUAUCAUUCUGGGAAUGGUUAGUGAAGCCUUGUAAUUGGUUCACCAGAAGCAGGACCACAUUAUUAUAGGGAGCUUCUAGAGUUAGGAUUGUCUGACCAACAUUCUGUGAUGCCCCAAUAUAAUAGGGUCCUUCCUUGUAGCAAGGAUAGGUAACUUUCUCUUGAUUACCCAUGUAGAGAUCAGGCAUUAGUAUCCACUGCUUCAAAUGUUUAGCAGCUGAUCUGGAAUCCAUGUCUAGAUGUUUCUGAUACUGUCCUAUGAUUGACAAAUAUAUCUGAAGUCAAGGCAACCACUGCACAUAAAUAAAGCUCAAGGUACCUGGUGGCCUAUCAUGCCAAUCUUGUAGCUUUACUAUUCUUGGAGUUGAGAAUUAUUUGUCAGCAGCUGGUACUUAAUUGCACAGUACUUGAUGAAGUUUCCUGUGAUGUUUAGCUAGGAUCAGCAAAUCGAGACCCCUGGUCUAUUCUGCAUUAAUCAACAUAGGAGGAUUCCACCAACAGACCUUCCAACAACAAUCAGGUAGAGAGGAAGUACUUUAAUCUACACUCGUGAGAAAUUUUAUUACAAGUUUUGGAAAAGAUAGCUGAUUGUUUCCUGCCUCAGCCUUAAAUAUACUUGAAUUAUACAUGCAUGGCUGCUGACACAAGGAUACUCUCCCUUAAAGUAUUGGAGCUGUUAUUUACUUAGCAUUGAAUCAAGGGGCUUGGGCCAUCAGCAUUGCAUAGCUGAUGUUGUCUUCAUGUUCUUUCAUGCUGCAACUGCUGAAGCUUGAAAUGCUUCCAAUUUCCCCAUCAACCUCAG